CCCUCGAACUCAAACUGAGCCCAAGUUCCGGCUUUGGCAACCUGUUCCAGGGACUGACCAGAACCCUGGGAGGUAGAGUCUGGAGGCUCUCCCGCACACACCCGCACUGCGACCAGCUCAGACUCCCCACUGCAGCCUCUCCGACUGCCUGCUAAGCUCAGGACUUCUCUUACCCUAAGGACAUCUAUACUUCCGACCCAAUCAUGACUGACAAGUCUUUGUUCGACACCAAUGUCAGUACCCUGACCCGUUUCGUCAUGGAGGAGGGCAGGAAAGCCAAGGGCACCGGCGAGAUGACCCAGUUGCUUAACAGCCUUUGCACCGCUGUCAAAGCCAUCUCCUCUGCGGUGCGGAAAGCAGGCAUAGCCAAUCUCUAUGGAAUUGCUGGCUCUACCAAUGUCACUGGUGACCAAGUCAAGAAGCUGGAUGUUGUCUCCAAUGACUUGGUUAUUAACAUGCUAAAGUCAUCCUUUGCUACAUGUGUUCUUGUAUCAGAAGAAGAUACAAAUGCCAUAAUAGUGGAACCAGAAAAAAGGGGUAAAUAUGUGGUCUGUUUUGAUCCUCUGGAUGGUUCUUCUAACAUUGACUGCCUUGCAUCCAUUGGAACUAUUUUUGGCAUCUACAGAAAGAAUUCAACUGGUGAGCCUUCUGAGAAGGAUGCUUUGCAGCCUGGCAGGAAUCUAGUGGCUGCUGGGUAUGCACUCUAUGGCAGUGCCACAAUGUUAGUGUUGGCUAUGGCAUGUGGAGUCAACUGCUUUAUGCUGGACCCGGCUAUUGGGGAAUUCAUUUUGGUGGAAAAGGAUGUGAAGAUAAAAAAGAAAGGUAACAUCUACAGUCUUAAUGAGGGCUAUGCCAGAGACUUUGAUCCUGCUAUCACAGAGUAUAUCCAGAAGAAGAAAUUUCCCCAGGAUAAUACAGCUCCUUACGGUGCAAGAUAUGUGGGCUCCAUGGUGGCAGAUGUGCACAGAACAUUGGUGUAUGGAGGAAUCUUUUUGUAUCCAGCCAACAAAAAGAGCCCCAAAGGAAAGCUGAGACUCCUGUAUGAAUGUAACCCAAUGGCCUUUGUCAUGGAAAAGGCUGGGGGACUGGCUACCACAGGAAGCAAAGCUGUGCUGGACAUUGUUCCCACUGACAUCCAUGAGAGAGCACCAGUGAUUCUGGGGUCCCCUGAUGAUGUGAAUGAAUUCCUAGAGAUUUACAAGAAGCAUGCAGCCAAGUGAAGAUCUCAUCUUCCCACACAGGCUGAGAUACCAAAAAGAAUAGGACCAAAGAUCAUAGUGUACUCUGUGAAAAGAUAAACUGCCAUGCCAGACCAAGACCAAAGCACUUUUUUUAUUUCCCACAAUCCUUUUGAUAUACCAAAUAUUGUAUGGUGCUUUGGGCACCCUACCCAAAAGGCAGUUCCUAUAGGGCCACAAAUGGUAAAGAUCUUUUGAGAAGUAGGGGAGCAAAAGAGAAAAUAAAAUUGUUCUUCCUUAAAAAAAAAAAAAGCUUCAUUGAUUUGUAUUGAAUCUUAUACUUUUAUCCUCUCACAUCUAAUAGUUAUUUGUGUUUGGGACAUCUGCCAGCACUUUAUAAAUUUCAGUUCAUAAGA